ACUUCCUCCUUCCUACCGCACUGGAUGCACUCAAACCAGUCAGUAUAAUAGGAAGUCGAAUAAUCCUGGUAAUGGGAAACCCGCAGCUUGUCGGCUAUUUCAACUGACUUCUCUGCGUUUUUUAAAUUUACGACCAAUGUCAGUGAGAUCGAGCAGGUAAAGCAUCCAGCUGCAUCCAGCGCGUUAAAGUGGUCGGAGCGCAGCUUUCUGCCACAAUGGCUGCGACGUAGCGCAACUUUUUUGGAUCCACGGUGGAUGAACGACAGCGCUCCAAGACGCCGCUAACUUUUACACACUUACAGGAGACACAGAGGAGGAAACAAACAUGAAGAAACAGUUUAAUCGCAUGAGGCAGCUUGCCAAUCAGACUGUUGGAAGGGCUGAGAAAACUGAAGUGCUGAGUGAUGACCUCUUACAGAUCGAGAGGCGGUUGGAGUUGGUGCGUUUGGUGUCGCACAACACACACAAGAGGCUGGUGUCCUGUCUGCAAGGUCAACUGGGCACAGACACAGAGAAGAGACAUAAAAAGUUGCCACUGACGACACUGUCCCAGGCCAUGCAGGAGGGAGGCAGUCAGCUAGGAGACGAGAGUCUGAUUGGCAAGAUGAUGGAUGUGUGUGGGGAGGCUGAGAGCAGGUUAGCUGCUGAACUGAUGCAGCAUGAAGUCCAGAUUGAGAGAGACAUCCUGGAUCCUCUCAACCAGCUGGCUGAGAUCGAGAUUCCCAAUAUACUAAAACAGAGAAAACAACUUGCCAAGCUGGUUCUGGACUAUGACUCGGCCAAGACGAGAUGGUACCAGGCAACAAAGUCCAACAACCAGGCUAUGGCAGCAAAGGCCGAUUCACUCAAAGACGAGAUGGACGAGGCUCUCAACAAAGUAGAAAUAUGCAAGGACCAGCUCUCUGCAGACUUGUACAACUGUGCUUCCAAAGAGGGAGAUUACGCAAGCUAUUAUGUCUUGUUAUUAGAGGCCCAGGCAGACUACCACAGGAAGGCGCUGGAAGCUCUGGAGGGAGCUAUACCGGCUAUCCAAAAACAGCAAGACUCCUGGAUGGAGAAGCCGGCGUUCGGCACGGCUCUGGACGAGCACCUGAAGAGGAGUAGCCGUGAGAUCGCUCUGCCCCUGGAGGCCUGCGUCAUGAUGCUGCUGGAGACCGGCAUGAAGGAGGAGGGUCUGUUCAGAAUAGCUGCAGGAGCUUCAAAACUGAAGAAGCUAAAAGCAGCGCUGGACUGCUCCACCUCGCAGCUCGAGGAGUUCUACUCUGAUCCCCACGCAGUCGCAGGAGCCCUGAAGUCCUACCUCAGGGAACUUCCUGAACCUCUAAUGACUUUUGGCCUGUACGACGAAUGGACACAAGCCUCCAAUGUGUCUGACACUGACAAGAGGCUUCAGGCCUUGUGGAUGGCGUGUGACCGUUUGCCGAAAACUCACAAGGCAAACCUCAGAUAUCUGGUGAAGUUUCUGGCUAAACUGGCUCAGGACAGUGAGGUUAAUAAGAUGACUCCCAGCAACAUUUCCAUAGUCCUUGGGCCCAACCUGCUUUGGGCAAAGACUGAGGGGACGCUGGCUGAGAUGGCAGCAGCCACAUCUGUCCAUGCGGUCGCUAUCAUUGAGCCAAUUAUCCAGCAUGCUGAUUGGUUCUUCCCUGAAGAGGUGGACUUCAACGUGUCGGGCAUGUUCGCCAUGCCGGCCCACCCAGCUACCCCAGACCUCGAUCCCAGCCUGGAUAGAAAACGCCCCAGCAGCCUGCAGGGGCAGGACGGGGACAGUCACACCCCCCGUAAAGACAGCACUGUUAACAAACAGCCGGAGCCCACUCCACGUAGAACCAACACUGUAAAUAGAAAGCAGCCACAGCUAUCCUCACCCACCUUCCAACCCCAAAUCCCCCCUCUGGAAGCCGGGGGUCCUGCCCAUCCUGAGCCCCAGCUUCAGCUUCAGUCCCUGGCUAAAGAGGCCGAGCAGCCUGGCCUGAGUGGUGCUAGUACUGGUGGUGUUGGUGGUGGUCUGGGUGGUGGGGUCCUGGUAGCCAGAGUGCAACCUCAGGUUGUCACCCAGCUCAGCGCAGAGGAGAACAGCCCAGCUCGUGAUCUCAUGUCAACCCCCCCUACCCAGAGGAAUGGUUCAGUCCAUCUUACAGUAGGAACCCCCCACUCUCAGGGUGGAUCCAGGGGUACAAGUCCACACAUGGUUCGCAGAGGCACCAAGAAGCAGGCUCCAGCCCCGCCCAAACAGUUCAGCCCCUUUUCCUCCCAACCCAGUAACACCCAGACAUCUGCCUCCCCUCAUCACCCGACCAUCGCCCCCCGACGCCAUCCCAGCAAAGACAGCCUAAUCCACGCUCCCAGCCACCCGCCCCCGCAACCUCCUCAAGCCCACCAGGCCCAGGGGGAGUCGGAGCCCUCCCCCCCCAGCACUCCAACUCCUCCAGGCACUCCUCCUCACGAUGGACCGCACUCCAACUUCUACCACUCUGGAUCUCUCCCUCGCCCCUCCAGGCCGGCCCCCAAGCCACGGCCCCGACCCAGCAUGCCGCCGCCCCCUCAACCUGCAGCAAAUGACAACGGUGAUGGCCUCUUCGGCUCCGCCUCCAAGAUCAUAACAGAUGGAGGCCUAUUUCUAAAGGGGAUUGGACGAGCCCUCAUCCCUGAGGUGAUUGUGGACCAACAAGGGGAGAGCUCUGCUGGUCAGGAGCCCACCACCACCCCUGCCCCGCAAUCAGACCCUCAGAUCCAGACAGAGUUCACCGCUCUGUGAAAAAAUGAGGGAUCGCUGUCGUCCAAAUCCUCCUUCACUCAGCUGGUCCAUGUAACAGAUUUGAAUGUUUAGAAUCAAAUAUCAGACGGGAAACUCAGACCUGUCACUUCAGCCCAGCUCCUCACGCUCCAUGCACAUGAUGCCAGACUGCUUUCUGGGAAAAAAUGGCUGCCUUUUCUUCUGAUUUGCUGAGACUCACCCCAGAGAAACAUCAACAUUCCUGUCCAGCUAUUGGACUUCAUAUAAAACUCCCUUUGUUCUAUUUUGCAGGUUUUUUAAAGAUUGGACUGCAGAGCCUUUUUAGCCCCGAGGCUAAUGAGACUUAAAUAUAUAUAUAUAUAACCUGAACACAUAGCAGCUGAAUUCAAAGGGUGCUAAGCUUUCACUUGUCUCUUCUUUUUUGUUUUAUAUAUAUAUAUAUCUAGCAAUUGAUAACACAGGUUUGAUGCUAGAAUUGUUUUUGGAGAUAGAAAUCUGUUAUUCUGGUUUUAACACAACAUAGACCUGGCAACUAGUAUUUUUUUAUUCAGUAAAGUUGUGUGGAGAUAUUUGAGUGUUAGACAGCCACUGAUGAUCUAUUUAUAAUUUUCCGAUUUGUCAGUUUCAACUGGCUGAAUGUGAUGUUCAGUUUAAAGGGCUUUUCAAUAACUGACCCACUUCACACUCAGCAUACAAGUGUUAAUGACCAAAGAAAUGGAAAUGGGCCUAAGGAAAUUUUAUGAAAAUUUAGAGCUGCUCAGCUCCUAUUAUUGUUGCUCAUGACCAAACUAUUCUGUGCAAUAUAAGAUGCAGUUGUCUUCCAGUGGUGUGCUCUCUACAGUACACAUGCUGUACGUUUUAGUAUUUCAUUUUUCCUUCUAUUAAUCCAGUGGGUAGAAUAUUAUUUUAUUUCAUUUCAAUAUUAUUUGAUUCCAAAUGGCCUGGUUUGACAAGCUCAAAAUGUCUUUAAACCACAGAUUAGAUUAGUUUUCCUCAAUAAAAGGGAUUUUUUUAAAAUACAUUGAUUAUGUUAAUUAUAUUUUUAAUACAUAGCUUGUAAUUGAUCACUCCCACUCAAGCUCAAAGCUAUGACCAAAUACAUCAAAAUUCUUCUUUGUGUAUAAUUUCACACGGCUGACAAUCUUUUCUUUGUUGGGGUGUUUUCAGCUCUUUGAUUAUGUUUUUUUAUUUUCUAUUUGUUAGCAUUUUUAUGUUGGCUUUUCCGCACAUAAUGCAUCAUACAAUGCAUCAUUAUUCUUGAUAAUUAAAGGUUGUUCA